GACCAUCUACCACGAGAUACCUCAUCUCGCAUAAGAUUUGAGAAUCUCCUUCACGACUCAACCCACCAUAAAACCGUCAAGAUGGUCCGCACUUCCGUCCUCAACGAUGCUCUGAAGAACAUCAACAAUGCCGAGAAGGCCGGCAAGCGCCAGGUCCUGAUCCGACCUUCCUCCAAGGUCAUCGUCAAGUUCCUGCAGGUCAUGCAGAAGCACGGCUACAUUGGCGAGUUCGAGGAGGUUGACGACCACCGCUCCGGCAAGAUCGUUGUCCAGCUGAUUGGCCGCCUCAACAAGACCGGUGUCAUCUCUCCCCGCUACAACGUCAAGCUGGCCGAUCUCGAGAAGUGGACUGUCCGCCUGCUGCCCUCGCGUCAGUUCGGCUACGUCAUUCUGACCACCUCCGCUGGUAUCAUGGACCACGAGGAGGCUCGUCGCAAGCACGUCUCUGGCAAGAUCAUUGGUUUCUUCUACUAGACAAUUACAAAGGUCAUGAUGGAAUGAGCCAAGCGAAGAGGAUCUCGCUGUUGCAUAGACGGCGUUGGUGGAUGGCACAAAAAUGGCAAAAUGUGUCUUAAAAUCCACAGGAUGUAUGGUGAUGGUCACCCUUCACGUCCAGAGAUACCUUCGAGAUGAUCUAAAAUAGAAGACCUCGAUCUUCAAGAGAUCAUGCCUCA